GAUUUUAUAGCCGUUGAUUUCAAAUAUAAUGGUCACAUUCAUACACUCAUUUCUUCAUUGAUUCAUUCUUCGAUUCAAUUUCUUUGAUAAUUCUUCAACAGUUGUAUCUGCAACAUUUUUAUGACCAUUUUCUUAAGUUAAAUGGUCUCAGUUUGCAUCAUAAUAUCAUAGGGUUUGUGGGAAUAUUCUUGAUAGUUAAAGAUCAUUCAUUAUUCAUCUCAAAGAUUAUUAAAGUUCGAGUUUUUUAACCGUCAAUGGAGAUUUCAAUGGAAAAGAAUCAGUCUUUAAUGAAUUCCAGAAAUACCCAUCAAGGUGAAAGAGAUGUUAUUGGUGCAAAGAAGUUUGGUGGUGAAAUCGGGCAUAAACGGAGAGCUUUGAGUGUGAUUAAUCAGAACUUGGAUAACUGCGGUGGCGGUGUUAAGCGUACGGGAGGUCGUGUGCAUCCUUGUGUUGCUAGCAAGAGAGCUUUGUCACAGAAAGUUGCUGCAGAAAUUGCUAACAAGAAGCAGUGUAUUCAAGAGGAGAUUAAGAAGAUUAAUGAAUCAAAUGAGGGAUUUGGUGUAUGGGAAGAUGGAGAUGGAGAUGAAAAUGAACCUGUGCCAAUGUUCUUGGAAACGUCGGAUACAAUGGUGGAUGAUCAUGAUAUGGAGGAGGUUGAGAUGGAGGAUAUUUUUGAGGAACCUGUUAUAGAUAUCGACGCUUGCGAUGAAGGAAAUCAGCUUGCGGUGGUUGAGUAUGUUGAAGAUCUUUAUGCUAAUUAUAGAAAGAUGGAGAAUUUUAGCUUGGUCUCGCCGAGUUAUAUGACACAACAAUGUGACCUCAAUGAGAAGAUGAGAGGUAUACUAAUUGACUGGCUCAUUGAGGUGCACCACAAGUUUGACCUCCAACCAGAGACACUAUUUUUGACAGUCAAUCUCAUUGACAGAUUUUUGGCUAAACAAUCUGUAAUUAGAAAGAACUUGCAAUUAGUAGGUUUGGUUGCCAUGCUUUUGGCAUGUAAAUAUGAGGAAGUUUCAGUCCCCAUUAUCGACGAUUUGAUUUUUAUCUCGGACAAAGCUUACUCCAGAAGUCAAAUUCUUGCAAUGGAAAAACUAAUGGUGAACACACUAGAAUUUAACUUGUCGUUGCCAACCCCAUACGUUUUCGUGAAAAGAUUCCUUAAGGCGGCUCAAUCAGAGUCAAAACUAGACCACAUGUCGUUUUUCUUGAUCGAGCUUUGCCUUGUGGAAUAUGAGAUGCUUAAGUUCCCACCGUCUUUACUGGCGGCUGCAUCGGUCUACACGGCUCAGUGUAGUGUUUAUGGGGUGAGGCAGUGGUCCAAGACAUGCGAAUGGCAUGCUCGUUAUUCUGAAGACCAGCUUCUGGAAUGUUCAAGAAUGAUUGUGGGGUAUCACCAAAAGGCGGCGAUAGGGAGAUUGACCGGUGUUUAUAGGAAGUAUAAUACAUUGAAGUUUGGUUAUGCAUCAAAAUGCGAGCCGGCAAAGUUUCUGGUCGAGGAAACUGACGUCUUUUUCCAGAAUAACAAUUCUUAACGUCCAGAGUAACAACGUUACGUAACCUGUUUCGACAUCUUUAAUAUGAUUUUUUAGCAACUUCCCUUGUUGCCUUUAGGGGGGAGGGUUCUUGUGUGUUGACUUUAUUUGUGGGGGGUUUGUGAGUCAGAUUGACUUUAUAACUUCAUUGUUUUACUUUACUUAUAAACAGUGUUUUACUUAUGACAAUAAUCAAAAGAUUAUACAAAAUUUACAAAGGUUA